UGCAGAAAGUUAGAAAUAGCAUCUAUCAGAAUGAUAGAUACAGUGCAUCUUUCUUUGAGAUUACAGAAGGACAAAAAAUAUCUCAUGAAGCAAUGAGCAAUCAAACAGUCUCUGGAUUUCUCCUUCUUGAAUUUUCAACGAAUUCAGAACUUCAGAUAUUGCAUUUUGUUGUGUUCCUGAUACUAUACUUGGGAAUAGUUACAGCAAAUGUUCUUAUAAUCUCUGCAGUAAUUUUUGACAGUCACCUACAUUGCCCCAUGUACUUCUUUCUGAUGAACUUGGCCAUGCAAGACAUUGGUCAAGUUUCAGUCAUUAUUCCCAAAUCCAUGAUCAAUUCUCUCAAGAAUACUAGAUACAUUUCUUAUUCUGGAUGUGUUGCUCAGGUUUUUUUCCUUAUCUUUUUCAUGGGGUCUGAUUUUUCUCUUCUCACAGUCAUGGCAUAUGAUCGUUAUAUUGCCAUUUGCAAACCUUUACAUUAUGAGAUGGUGAUGAGCAGGACAGUCUGCAAGCAAAUCAUUGCUAGCACAUGGAUAAGCGGUCUUCUUUAUGGAUUAGUACACACUGCAGGAACAUUUGCAAACUCUUUCUGUUCUAACGUUGUCAAUCAAUUUUUCUGUGAAAUACCACGCUUGCUUACUCUCUCCUGCUCAGAGUGGUAUUUUCAUGAAAUUUUAAUUAUUUUAUUAAGUUGUAGUUUAGCUUUAGUUUGCUUUACUUUUGUCAUUCUCUCUUAUACGAAGAUUUUGAUUAUAGUGUUGAAAAUUACGUCAGUUCAUGGGAAACAAAAAGUGCUCUCAACCUGCCUUCCACACCUCAUUGUAUUUUCCAUAUUUAUGUCAACUACAAUGUUUGCUUAUUUGAAGCCCAAUUCUAACAUUGAGUUAUGUCUGAAUUUAUUAUUUACUGUUAUAUAUUCUUUAAUGCCCCCGCUACUGAAUCCAAUAAUUUAUGGUCUGAGAAACAAAGAGAUUGGGCUGGCCUUAGUAAAACUACUAGGUCUCAAUCCUUCUUCAGAAAAGAAAUAA